AUGGCAGGAUGCAUUGCAGAAGCGGCCGCUUUUGACGGCCAUUUGCAGUACUGUCGCAGAAUGGUGAGCGCUUCUAUCUUCAAGCCAACUUGGGAGCUGCUUCGACAGCCACAUGCGAUUGAGCUCCUUGCGCAAACGCCGAUUGGACCUGUGGGUCCGAUGCCUGUUUUGUACGGAGAUCUACUCGGGAGCACCGAGGAAGCAGAGGGAGUGAUUGAAGCGCAGCGGUUUAAGAUCCGCCGAGUCACGUGUUCUACUUUGUCAUGGGAACAAAGCUUGGCUCGGUACAUGGUUGCAGCGAUUCGCAAAUGGGUUGGAGUCAUCUUGACCCACCCUCCUGCGUUCGAUCUGGGCAGGAAGCUCAACAAGAUUGAACCUCUUGGAGCCACCUUACAUUCCGGCCUCCUUGAUGUUUUUGCUGGCAAGGCUGCUGGAACUUUGCAUGGCCGUGUUGGGCCUAUGCUGCGUUUCGUUGCUUGGUGCAACGAUCAGGGCAUUACAGCUUUUCCGAUCCAUGAGCAGAGUGUUUAUGACUUUGUGCGUGCCAAUGAAGAUUGCUCGGCCCCUACAUUCUUGAGGAGUUUUCUCGUCAGUUUGUCAUUUUGUCACCACAUGUUAGGCCUCCUGGGAGCCCAUGAGGCCGUGAAGAGUCUGCGCGUCGUCGGUGUAACGCGGCGUGCUUACUUACGUAAGAAGAAGAAAGUGCAGCGACCGCCGCUCACUGUGGCUAUGGUAGAUGAUCUUGAGCGCUUCGUGUGUGAACAAGGCGGUUCCAUUCAGGACCAAAUCGCUGCUGGCUUCUUUCUUCUUUGCGUCUUCAUGCGGGGACGAUAUAGCGAUUGCCUGAACUUGCAAGAACUUGUGGUUGACUCGCCUGACCUUGCUGCCAGGCCGUUACUCGGGUAUGUUGAGGGUUCUGUGUCGCGAUGCAAGACCGCGUAUACAGUUGAGCGGAAAACGCAACUUUUGCCCAUGGUCGCGCCGCGGCAAGGUGUGUCAGGCCUUGACUGGUUCUCCGCUUGGUUGGAGUUGAGGAAGCGUGCAAGGGUGCCUGUGGGUGCUGGGGUGCCUUUACUACCUGCUCCGAACGGGGAAGGGUGGCAGCGCGUCCCGCCGACUGCAGCCAUGGCUGGUGAUUGGCUGCGCAACAUCCUGAAGAGUCGCGGUCACGACGGAAGUCUGGUUUCUCGCAUUGGUACUCACUCGUGCAAGACCACAACGCUAUCUUGGAUGAGCAAGGCUGGUGUGGAUCUACCGACGCGGAGGUUACUUGGGUAUCACGCGCAGGCUGACGAGCGCACACCUUUGGUGUAUUCUCGUGAUGCGAUGUCGGGGCCAGUGCGGGCGUUGGAGGGCGUGAUCCUGAUGAUUCACAAGUCAGAGUUUUUGCCUGAUGCUUCUCGUUCAGGUUACUUCCCGAAAGCGGUGAAGCCGCCAGUGCCCGCUCCUGAUGAUGAUGAGUGCUCCGACAGUGAGGAUUCGGCGGAUGAAGAAGACAACCAAGAAGACUUGGAUAAGACUGAUGCGGCCGAACAAGAUGUUGUCGGCGAGUGGAGGCACAUCAAUGAGGCCGCAGGCGGGAGCGCCGGCGAGGCGCCUGUCUUCCGCAACAAGCUCUCGAGGACGAUCCACCGAGUGGUGGACGGAGCGGAAGCCAAGUUCCGCUGCGGGAGAGGCAACUCAGCGAACUAUUCUAGACUGGGAGCCUUGCCAAAGUUCGCGUAUCCGAUGUGCAAAGGCUGCUUCAAUGUCUAG